AUGAGCCGUUUGCCUCAUCAAAUCAUGUCAAAGAAAGGGGACGUGACUAGAGACGAAGGAUUUAUACAACUGGAAACUCGAUUCAAUGAGACGACCAAGAUGGCAGAUCGAUUGAGAGCUGAAGCUCAAGCGUUUCGUGAUAGUGUUUCGGCAUUGUUAACGCAUCAAGCAGAAAUGGCGAGUUAUUUAUCAGUUAUUUAUAGCCAACAUCUUGGUGUAGAGGUGGAAGAAGGCGGAGUUCAGCGUAGAGUACAACCUACACCAGCCGCAGCUUUGCAAGCUGCUAAUGAUGCCGAAGCUGCUAUGGCUUAUUGUCGCGAUGAGAUUUUGCCUCAGUUGGAUUCCGUUGAUCAAUAUGUCAUUCGUCCAUCACUUGAAUUACAAGAAGUCAUCAAAACCAUUCAAAAAACCAUCGUCAAAAGAAACCACAAGCUCAUUGAUUACGAUCGCCAUCGUGUUGCACUCCAAAAGUUGAACGUUAAGACUGAGCGUACCAUGAACGAAGAAAAGGCCAUCUUUAAGGUUCAAAGUCAAUUGGAUACAGCAACUCAAGACUAUGAAUAUUUAAACAAUGCUCUGAAAGAGCAACUACCAGCAUUCUUUCAAAUGUUGAUCCAGUUGGUUCAACCCAUUUUUGAGCACAUGUAUAAUCUGCAAUGCAAGAUUUACGGUAUGAUUUAUGCCCGUUGUUAUGAGCUAGUUACUGCAAAUGAGCAGUACUUUGUCACUCAUGCUAUGGACCUGGAAGCUGGCUACAACUGGAGAAAGCAACAGCAUGAUGUUCAAGCAGAGAUACAGAACAUGGAUCUUUUGAAAUCAGGUGGAAAAGCAUGGCUAACUGUCUCUGGUGGCACUAAUAAACUAUCGUUGCAAGAAAGAGCUGCUCUGAAAAAUAGCGAAGCAUCUCCAGGCCAACAACAUCAAAUUGCGUAUCAUCAAGACUCAUAUCAGCAGCCAUCACAGCCACCAUCGACACCGCCAUUACAGCAACAACAACAACAGUAUCAGGUACCAUAUCAAGCAUACCAGCCUCAACAGCAAUACCAAGCGCCACAGCAACAUCAGACAUCGACUCCUGCUUAUGGACAGCAACCAUCUUUCUCUGCAGCUGGGCUUGUAUCUCCAACAGCCGUCCCAACACCUCCUACCAGAGAUGCAAGUAGAAGCUCUUACGUUGUAGCGCUUUAUGAUUAUGAUGCUCAGGCUGAGGGCGAUUUAUCAUUUAAGAAGGAUGACAAGAUUGAAUUGAUUCAAAGAGCACCAGAUGCCAAUGACUGGUGGACGGGAAGACUCAGAGGGGCUGUUGGCGUAUUUCCAGGCAAUUACGUUACUGAAUUGUAG